AUGUCUCUCAAGGUCGUCGUCCUCGCCUGCGUGGCUGUCGUUGCUCUGUGCGACAAGGCACCAGUCCACGACCCCCACCCCCCCGUCUACACCCCUAGACCUGCCUAUCACGCCCCUGCACCUUAUCACGCCCCCGAACCCGCCUAUCACGCCCAUGCACACUACGAGCCCGAAUACCCCGAUGUGCCCCCGAAGUACAACUACAACUACGGCGUUGCCGACGGCUACUCCGGCGCCAACUUCGCCGCCUCGGAGUCCCGCGAAGGCUACAAGACCGAAGGCGGCUACACCGUGGACCUCCCCGACGGCCCUGAGGUGACCUACGAGGGCGAGGCUCAGUACCCCGAGUACAAGCCCACCUACAAGCCUGCUCCCCACGCCUAUGCCCACCCAACCCCCGCCUAUGCCUAA